AGCGAGUUAGCAUCUCAGAAGCUACAUCACAACACAGAGCAACACUGCAGCGGGGUGGCUUCUUAUGUGAAUAAAUUCUAUACUUUCUUUUUAUUUACAUUUAAUAUCAGAGUAUUGGCUCAUUUUAUUACAGUCUUACAGUAUUUCCUGCGCCGCUUGACGCUAACGGUUAGCAUUAGCUCCGUGGCUAAGCUAAGUAGUAGCAGCUUCGCUAGCAUGGAUGGUGUGGGCGUGUAGCUCUGCUCAGAAACCAGGUGGUGUUUCUGUGGCUUUAUGUUGAGUAUUUAAGACACCGUGUUCAUUUUUUAUUCUUCUUUGUUCGAUGUAGAUAUAAAAGCUUCCGGCUGUUAUACCGAUAGUGAAAAUGGACACACGAGCUUUGAAGAAUCCUUAUCAUGACUAUGAUGGGAACCCAGCUUCCACUCAAACACUGUUUGACUCUGAGGGAAAGCUCACUCCGGCGUUUGCCCAGAGGCUGAGCAGCAAGGUCAGCGAGCUGCUGGCUGUCAUGGAGAAUGGACUGAAGUCUGCUGAUCCCAGAGACUGUACCGCUUACACAGGCUGGGCAGGCAUCGCUCUGCUCUACCUGCACCUCCACAGCGUCUUCAAAGAAGCCUCCUUCUUGCAGAGGGCGCUGGACUACGUCACCCGCAGCCUGAAGCACCUCACCCGUCGCCAUGAUGUCACCUUCCUGUGCGGAGACACUGGGCCGCUGGCCGUAGCUGCUGUAGUCUAUUCACGCCUGCAGAGGGCGCAAGAGGCCGAGGACUGCAUCAGCAGGCUGCUGCGGUACCAGCAGGCGGUUCUGAACAGGUCCGGUGGGCUGCCGGACGAGCUGCUGUACGGCCGGGUGGGCUUCCUCUCCUCCCUGGUGUUCUUGAACCAGCAGCUGGGUCCAGACCGGGUCCCGCUGCACUGCAUCCAGCAGGUCAGCGAGGCAGUUCUGGUGUCGGGCCAGCAGCUCAGCAGGAAACUCCGCCUCCAGAACCAGAGCCCGCUAAUGUACGAGUGGUACCAGGAGCAGUACGUGGGUGCCGCCCACGGCCUCGCCGGCAUCUACUACUUCCUCCUGCAGCCGGGCUUCGUCUCGACAGAGGAGCAGGUCCUGCAGCUGGUGCAGCCCAGCGUGGAGCACGUCUGCCGCCUGCGCUUCCCGUCUGGGAACUACCCACCCUGCAUCGGGGACGACCGGGACCAACUGGUGCACUGGUGCCACGGCGCCCCCGGGGUAGUCUAUAUGCUGCUGCAGGCCUACAAGGUGCUGGGGAACCCACGGUACCUGGAGGAGGCGCUGCAGUGCGGGGAGGUGGUGUGGCGCUGGGGGCUGCUGAAGAAAGGCUACGGCCUGUGCCACGGCGCCGCCGGCAACGCCUACACCUUCCUGGGCCUCUACCGGCUGACGCAGGACCCCAAACACCUCUACAGGGCCUGCAUGUUUGCAGAUUGGUGCAUGAACUACGGUCACCAUGGCUGCCGGACACCAGACACCCCCUUCUCUCUGUUCGAAGGCAUGGCGGGCACCAUCUAUUUCCUGGCAGACAUUCUGCAGCCAAUGAAGGCCAGGUUUCCAGCUUUUGAGGUCUAACCCCCCCACUCCUGUGCAGAAACAAGGCCUGCUGUCGUACGCAUGCAGAGACACAUCGUCUUUUGUCCCGCAGCACAAUGUGGCGCUACGCAGACCAUUCUUGUUUUUCAGUUACCAGAAGGCAAAAAGGAAAGAAUUUAGUUUCCAAAUGUUCUAAAGUCUGGAUUUUAAAAUAUGAGCUGUAUAUUUUUGUUUUACCAAAUUGUAAUAACACUUUAAAGGCUCUACUUAUAUAGCAGCAAAGUUUCCUGUCGUUGCAGUAUUAGCGAGGAGAGUCCACCAGGUGGCAGCAGAGAGUCUAUAGGGGGAACGUGUUAAAGUUGACACCUGGUCCCAACAUUAGAGGUCUAUUUCACAGCCAGAUCGGUUUAAUAAACCAGAAAACAAACACAGCAAUGUGUCAGAUUUAAUAUUAAAGCUCAUAAAGGGAAAAUUAAAUAUGAUUCAAAUAACCUGGGAGCUUUUUAAUCCACUUUGAUUGGAUAUUUGUUUCAAAAAGUUGAGUUUGUUCUCCAGGAACCCGUCUGUUUUGUGGUUCCGCCGUGCAGCAGAAAUGCAGUUACUGCAGCAGAGGCUGUAGAAACCCAACACGUCCUGCAGGACUGCAGGUAAAAAUAGAGCUCAUCUGUGGCCCUUAGGACGCGCCUGCUGCUCCUACCAAUGUCCUCCAACAUUCGUCUUCCUGCUGGACGCCAGCCGCUUCGUUACAGUGUCAGGAAAUAUUUGUAAAUAUGAACUGAGAUGAAAUGUGUCUGAUUCCAUGUGGUUGAAAGAAUCAAUAAAGUUUACAUCGUUAAUUCCAGUGAAA